AGGGGAUCACUGGCCUCACCUGAGCCGUUGUUCCACCGUUGACCAUUAGUGCUAUCGGAAGUGGACAUUCUCGCCUUCGUGGUCAGCCGGCUCUGCAAGUCCAGCUUCGGUCCUCCUCGGUACAGAAUUCCGUCGGUCAAUAUUUUCCAGUAGUCAUGAGCGGCGAGCGGACGCUCCGGGUCAGGUGCGGGCAGACGAGCAGAGUGUUGUACGUGGUCGGGACGACUCUGUCCGUCAACCUCUGCAGGAGCGCUCCUCCGAAGUCCAAGGCCUUCAACGUCCAAUGCACGCCCACUGUCCGGUUCAGCAUCAGCCCCACCCCUGUCCCGGGCCCCUCCCCUUCCCCCUCCCCCCUGCCACUGAACGACAACACCCUGCUGUUCAUCGUCAUGAAGGAAGCCAGUAUGGUUGAGAGUGACAGCAAGCUGUCCGUCACCUACUAUGGAGACAACACGGAGGUCCUUGGGAAGGCCGUGCUUCACCUCACCGCCAUCGAGGUGUCACUGGACGUAGAUGCCGACAGGGAUGGUGUUGUUGAGAAAAACAACCCGCACAAGGGGGCAUGGACAUGGGGCCCUGAAGGACAUGGGGCCAUUCUAUUGGUCAACUGCGACUCUGAACAAUUCUAUCAUAAAACUCCGGACAGUGACCGGAAACACAUCACAGCAGUCUCUGAUCUGGAUGACAUGUCGCCCAUGGUUCUGCGGACCAAGGGUCCGGCCCAGCUGCCCCCCGGGUACAAGCUGACCCUGCACAUCUCUCAGGGGGACGCCGAGAAGGUCAGAGUCUUCAGGUCCACGGCUGGAGACAUGCUGAGCCGCUUUUUGGGCAAGGUGUUCUUCCCUGACUUUGUGAAGCGCUACCCGCUGGUGCUGGAUGAUCAGGUGCUGUCCCAGGAGGUGCCCUACCAGGAGGAGACGAAGCUCUACGUGGAGGGCCUCCGCUUCCCAGACAAAGACUUCGACGGGCUGCUCAAAAUACACCUCAGUCUGCUGGAGCCCAUCUCUGAGGACUUCCCAGAGACCCCCAUCUACACUGACACCGUGGUGUUCAGGGUUGCCCCCUGGAUCAUGACCCCCAACACCCUCGAGCCCGUGGAGGUUUUCGUCUGCAGCACAAAAGAUAACUACCCGUUCCUGAAGGGGAUAACUGGCCUGGCGAAGAAGAACAACUACAAGCUGAAGGUGUGCUACGAGUACAAGAACCGAGGAGAUCGCUGGAUGCAGGAUGAGCUGGAGUUCGGCUACAUCGACUCCCCUCACCAGCAAUUCCCCGUGGUUCUGGAUUCUCCUCGGGACGGGGACCUCAAGGACUUCCCCUACGACGAACUGCUGGGCAAAGACUUCGGCUAUGUGACGCGUGUGCCCGAGGACGAAGAGGUCAACAGCCUGGACUCCUUCGGUAACCUGGAGGUCAGCCCGCCCGUCACAGUGAACGGUAAACACUACCCACUGGGCCGGAUCAUCAUCGGCGUGGCCUUUCCUACGUCAGCUCACGGUCGCAACAUGACCAAGGUGGUCCAGGACUUCCUGUGGGCCCAAAAGGUCCAGGAGCCCGUGGCUCUGUUCUCUGAUUGGCUCUACGUCGGUCAUGUGGAUGAAUUCAUGACCUUCGUUCCAGCACCCGGCCCUAAGGGUUUCCGUCUGCUGCUGGCCAGCCCAGACGCAGGCUACAAGCUGUUCAAAGGCCUGCAGAACGAUGGGCACGGAAAGGCCAAGAUCUUUGAGGGUCUGGGACCAGAUGAAGAAAUGUCAGUGGACGAAAUACUGGACAACGAACGUCUUAAAUCUGAAAACGAUUAUGUACAGAACUGCAUCGACUGGAACAGAGACGUGCUGAAGAGAGAGCUAGGAUUGGAUGAAGAUGACAUCAUCGACCUGCCUAUCCUCUUCAAGCUGAUGGAAGACAACCGGGCGGUGGCGUUCUACCCUGACAUGGUGAAUAUGAUCGUGUUGGGCAAGGAGCUGGGCAUCCCUAAGCCCUUUGGGCCCAAGGUGGACGGUCGCUGUGCCCUAGAGGCAGAGAUGACCUCCCUGAUGGAGGCGCUGGGCCUGAACUGCACUUACAUCGACAACUUCGCCUCCUACCACAAGCUCCUCGGAGAGGUGCAUUGCGGGUCCAACGUCCGCCGGAAGCCUUUUGAGCUCAGGUGGUGGAACCUGGAGAUGUGAGCCCGGUAACCGGGGCGACAACCGAUGGUCGGUUUCUGAAUCACCGAAGUUCGGUCGCACUAGUAGAUUAGAGGGAGCUUCGGAAAAGUACAACUAUAAUAUUUUCAAGUAUAAUAUUUCUAUAUGAGACGAGCUUUGUUUAACACUAAGUACAAUGUUGGUAUGUUAACAUUUCAUUUCAAGUUUGAAACGUGUCAGAACUACCCCUGGUAUAUCUUGACCUGAAUAAGCCUUUAACAUGCCUUAAGUCAUUUCAUUCAACCCAAUGUGAAGUUGGCAGAUUAGAUAUCACCUGAGUUCAACAUGUUUCUCCAUUUUUAUUAAAGAUUUUUGCUCUUAUUUACAAAAAGGCUUGAAAGCAGUAUUUACAAACAUGGGCUUAAGCGGACGGUUGAAAGAAAUAUAAAUACAAUCAUCUCAAUCACAGCAAACGGACACCCCAUCUGGAAAUAUACAAGCACAGUGAGAGGAAUUAACUUUUGACGUGUAGUAACAACAUUGAACCACAAGAGAGCGUAUGGCAUCUACUCAAGCAUCUCAGAAAGCCAAUCGGAAAAUAGUGUUGAGGUUAAAACAAUAGCAACCACGGUGGAAAUGCCUGCAAUAACACAUAUUGAAUGUUUGCCUCAAUUGUACAGGAAUCCUCGGAAGUUCACAAUAUUUAGACACCUCAAUAUUAUUUACUUGUAGACCUCAGUGAUUCCUUUCCCGAAACCAAUUAUUCACACUUUAAACUUCAUCGGCUGCAUAUGAAGAACAUUUCAUAUUUAUUUCAGUCAUUUCACAGAAACAUAUUUCUUCUCAAAGUGCUGCCGCCCGAUCCGGCUUGAUAAUUGUAAGGAAAUGAAAAAGUUUGAGAGCGUACAUUUAAGUACAAUAACCGUGGCCCAGGGUUACACAGUAUCGCCGCUCAGAGAACAAAAAGAUAUGCAUACGUCACUGCAUACCUCUGCACCUUUACAUUCAGGCCAUCAGGUGAUCCGCAACGAAGGGGUCACGACCCCCGUCUCCCCCCUAGCAGCCUCUGUUACACUAUCACAAUAAAGGCUGCUUCACCAAGGGGGUCAGUGUCACUUCAUGUGUAGCGAACCAGGUCAGGUUAACCUGUUCGUACAAUAUGCCUUCUGAAAGUUAGUGCUUCCUGAAACAUAGGUACUGGUUAAAACAAACAAGCAAACUAGUACGUUGGUUCUCGUUCAUCUUCCUUCAGUUGAGUCUCCCCCCCACCCACAAAACUCAAGUUUCCCAACACAACCAUAGGUCAGGCAUGGCAUUAGUGUGCUGUUCCCUUCUUUUGCAACGUACAUUUAUUUAAAAACUUUUGGCAAGCAGAUUUACCCCAUGCACCACAAGGCUGUACUCUUAGAAGCUCCGACACGUUGGUUGGUGACCGAGAGGGCUUUUAAAUAAGUUAUAAAAUAACAAAUUGCAACAGAAUCUCACGGAGCGAAUGGAGUCUGAAACAGAGGUCAGCGUCACACACACAAAUAAC